UCCUCUUCCUCCUGCGGCUCGCGGUAGCGGGAAGCUCCGGGCGACCGCACGUGGAGCCGAGCUCCUCCCCUCUCCGCCCCCUUUUCCCUCCUCCCCCGGAGCCUCCCCGCCGAGAUGGCGCUCGACCCCGACCCCGCAGAACAGCAUCUCAGGCAUGUUGAAAAAGACGUUUUGAUCCCUAAAAUAAUGAGAGAAAAGGCCAGAGAGAGGUGUUCUGAACAAGUUCAAGAUUUUACCAAAUGUUGCAAGGAAUCUGGACUCCUUAUGGUAGUAAAGUGUCGGAAAGAAAAUUCUGCACUGAAAGAAUGUCUAACUGCCUACUAUAAAGAUCCAGCCUUUUAUGAAGAAUGCAAAAUGGAGUACCUGAAGGAAAGGGAAGAGUUCAGAAAAACUGGAAUUCCUACUAAGAAAAGAUUACAGAAGCUUCCUACCAGCAUGUAGAAAAUAUUCCAGUGACAUUCAGAAACUAAUGUCCAUGGAAGUCAUUUAUAGUCUAAAUCACCUGGAUAAUGGACUCAAGAUACAAAUUUGUUUCAUCCUAAUUAUGAAAGUAUCACCUAGAAUAAAGACCUUUAUUUUAA